CACGCAUGCAUCCUGAGGCUUAGGUUCACACAUGAAGUUGUAUUAUUAAAAACCAGGGGACGGAUCCGCGUCUAUCACCUGCCACUUUCACCUGCGGGCGUCAAUCACGCUUGGAUGUGCGUCGUUUUUUUCCCCUGACACGACACUUCUACCUGAUUGGUCCAUCCUUGGUUGAGGGGCGGGCGCUCUGCGGCCUCUGCUGAAAUGCCAUUGGUCGACACGCGGCUUGGUUGACGUGACGCAGCUUGGAAUUCCCAAAGUUCCCAAGUUCACGGGGAGAGAAGAGCGUUGUUUCUUACUAAAAAAAAAAAAAUACAACAACCCCCAAAAACGUUGUGAAGACAAAAACAACCAGCGACCGAGGUGUUAGCAAGUCGGAAUAGCAUAAAGCCGAAUCUGCACCGUGCUGUGCCAAGUCGAGCCAGAAGAGGGCGAUGUCUGACAACAGCCACAGCACAGGCAGCAGUGGCUCCUCAACCAACAGCUGGACCCUCCUCUCCCCCGAGGAGGCUGCUAUUGAGAAUGUCGGGCCGGUGGAUGACGGCACCGAGAGCCUGAGUGACGUUCCCAGUCUCUCUGAAGAGGUCACAGGAGCUGCUAUGGAGUUCAAACCAAGUGACAUUUCAGUAGAAACUGUCCUCUCUGAAGAAGGCCAUCAGGUGUGUCAAGAGACAUCUCCAGACUCCAGUGAGGGUCCCAUUCCUUCUAGUCCAACCGGGAUGAGUCCUCUUCCACUCAACCCCCUUGACCUUCCAGACCUAGACCAGGAGAGUCAGCCUCCAGUCAUCCAUGACAUUGUAACCAGCUCUCCCAGUGACAACGAGCACCUAGGACCCACACCCUUUGUCACCAACAUUGAUUUGGGGGCUCCACUCGAUAUUCCCGCUGCUGAACUCCUGCCAGCUGAGCUUGAGGAGUCCUGCUCCGCUCCUCCCCUGACUGCGAUCCCUGUCUCUACAGAACAAGUGCUUGACGCGCUUGCUGAUAUCGGGGUGAUUCCUGCUGGCGCUGCUGGGGAGAGUCCCAUCUUCACUGCUGAGCCGGAGGUUAACAUCCCCACAGAGACCUUUACAGCCACUGAUCCUCCUUCUCAUGUUGAAACUGAAAUCAGCUUCACUCCAGAGGAUACAGAGCCACCAAGCCAAGACCAAGAGAGCCUGGUGACAGAAAGCCCCAUCGAUGAUAUCCCUGCACCAGAGACUGUUGGUUUGGUAGAGGAGGAGGAGGAGGCAGCUGUGGAAAAGGAGGAGAUAGAGUCAUUUGAGGCAGUGGCCCAGGAUGAGAGAGAAGAAGAAGAAGAAGAAGAAGUUCUCCCUCCCUCAGAGCCAUCCAGCAGUUUUGAUUUGGGCGACACAAGCACCUUUGAUGAUGGAGUGAGGAGGAGGAAUGCCCCCUCCUUCGAGGCACCAAGACCAAGAACAUCAGAUGAGGAAGAUGAGGAAGAGGAAGUGUUCAAGCUGGCUGAGAAGAAGGAGGAAAAGCCAUGGUUCUCAAUGAACAAAUGCAUUGUGGGUGCUCUGAUCUUGCUCUUCUUAGGUUCCCUCUUCCUCUCAGGUUUCCUCUCUGACCUGGAUAAUGGUGACUUUGACGCCUCUGAACUGAGCGAUGCAGAACAAAGCCAGGACUGGCUUAGCGGUGAUCCACAGGAUAUGAAAGAGCUAUUGGAUAAACUGACACAGGAAAACCAACAAAUCACUCAGCUAGAGGCUCAACUACAGUCUCAGAAAGAAGAACUCGACUCAGCUCUGAAGGCAGUAGCAGCGAGCGGUGAUGAAAAUGGUAAAGCAGGUCUGGAAAAAGAAAAUUCAAUGCUAAAGGAAGAGCUGUCAUCUCUGCCUGAGCUGAAGAAAGAGCUGGAGAGUCUGAGGGCCAGGGUGACCGAACUCAGUCAGCUUACAGCUGAUCAGGAAAUGCCCCCGGCUACCUCAGGCCCGGCCCCUCAGCCUGGUGACAAAGAUACUCAGAGUAACCAGAAAGCAGCUGGACCCGAGAGGAGAAAGGACACAAAUGAGGGAGGAAGGCUGAAGGAAGAACUACAGAGGCAGAAAGUUCUUUUGGAGGAGAGCAGGAAGAGACUGCAAGGGAUGAAAAAAGAUGGAGGCGGCAGGAAACAAGUGAGAGACAGUUUGGAGGAGAUCCAGAAAAAGCUUUCUGAACAGGUUGAGAGGUGGGGUAAGAAGAAGCCGCAGGAGUCCAAAUGGAAAGGGAACAAGGGCAAAACUAAUGAGCGGGACCACUGGAAGAAAGACGAAAAGAAAGAGUGGAGAGGAGAGAAAGAUUGGAAGCAUAACAAAGACGGAGAAUGGAGGGACAAAGAAGAGAAGAAGGAGAAGGAGUGGAAGUCUCAGAAGCAAAAUUCUCACAAAGAGGCAUGGAGGAAACACCAGGACGAGUGGGAGAGGAAGAAGAGCGAGCGCAGAACGGACAGAGAGGAGAGGAGGAAGGAGAAACCCUGGCACAGCCGGCCUGGCAAGAACUCCGACAACCAUCAUCAGCACCAACAUCACCACCACCAGCCCCGUCAGCCUCAUCAGCCCAACCAGAACGACUUCUGGAGAGACCAGGAGCAGAAGCUCAGACGCACUGUCAGCUCCCAGCUGGGUUGCAGCUCCGUGGAGGACUGCGCCGGCAAGGAGGGGCUCUACCCGGUGGAGCUGCCCGAGUUUGAGGAACUGCUGGAGGGCUACCUGAGCAAGCUUGAGGGAUCUUCAUCUGAGAGCAAGGACAGGAUCAGGAAGCUGACUGCGGAGUUCUUCGAGGACGGCGUGUUCAUCCACGACAGGGUUCUUUUCAGUGACUUUGCAGAGGACGUGGCGGACAUUCUGGAGGACAUUGUGGACGUUUUAGAGGGCGGUGGGCAAGACGACGACUCCCUGGAGGAGGAGAUGGAGGAGUUCGAACGAGAAGCCCUGUGGAAGUUUGCCGCCACAGCUUAAAUAGACAAAGAGGGGGGGGGUGGGGUCGGGGGGAAGUAAAAUACAACACUAAGAUGCAGCACAAGUUGUGGUUUUAUAGGACAUUUCUUGCCUACAUUCUCCUCUUCAGAGCUGUAAUUGUAGUAGCUUCUGGUACAGAGUGGUUGUGCCUCUCAUAAACGUUUCCCUCUGAGUCUUUAAUUAUAAGCUAGACUUGUACUUUUCAUUUUGGACUUAGUUGUUGUUACCUACCUCUGUCAGGUCAUGCCUCCUAACGUGAAAUCCUUCAGUAAUGUGUUGUGUGGAUUUUCCUCUGCUGUAUAGUGUUUUCUCAAUACGUAGUGCAUGCUACAGUUCAUAAUAUAAAUUCAAACUGAUGAUAUCCAGAUCACUCACUAAACAACUGGGCUUUAAGGAGAUGGCAAAUAAUUGUGUUGAGCAGCAGUGCAACGGUUAAAUAUAUUCAUACAAUUAAUUUAGUAUUUAAAAUUGACUUUCUGCCUUGACACUGCUCCGAGCAGGUUAAAACAAAUGCUGAGAAACUUUUGCAGAUACCAAUUUGCCUCAAGUUGGGUGUUAACUGUCCAAUCCCAGAGGAUAAGAUCCUGGUUCAGUGAUAAGAAUCAGAUCAGGUCAGACCAGUUUUUUGUCAGCAGCUCUUUGGUAGAUUUGGGCAAAAGCAUACAGAGUGUUGUUGCCCUAAGCGUUAGGACUUUUCAUCCUCUGACUCCCAACUGUCAGUCGAGAGCAGAUGGGUGGAAACUUCCAGGAACUGGUUUGUGAAACGUCAGUGCUGCUAAAAAAAAAAAAAGCAAUAGGACAAAAUGAUAGCCAUAGUUAAAUGUAUGCCUGCUAAACCACUUUAGAACUUUUCUCAAACAUUCACAUUUACAACAGGUUUUUUUUUCUUCUCACUUUUCACUUCUGUUAUGUUUUUUUUUUUAGACCAUUAGUUCUACUAAUAUUUUUUUGUAAUGUAGCCAUGGGGACCUUCAACACAUGAUCUACAUAUACUGGGUAUCCCAGAGCAUUCAGAGUAAAACAGUUAGUGAUCUCUAGUAAUCUCCAAACAGUUUCAUUUAAUGGAUUUAUUCAUUCGCCAUAAAUGAGAUUGACAACCUAACUUUUCAAUUCUUUCAUUGUCCUUUUGUUAACAGGUUGAUAUCAACUGACAUGCACGCGAGUGAUAUAGAUAUAGUUAUUUAGUUUGAGAAAAUGGCAAAAUGAUCUUUUUGUUUCUCAAAUAUUAAGUUGAAUGAGCCAGGCAAAAGGUAAAAUAAGACAAAGUAUUACAGAGCUGCUUUCCAGCGUUGGGUACUGAGAUUUUGAGAAAUAAUUAUUUGUUCUUUUGCUUUUGUUGUUUGAUUGUAGUCAUGUUUUAUCAUGAAGUUUUUUCCCUCUUUAGGUGGAAGUGAAGUUAAAGUCGACAGAUUGUGAUUGUUGGUUCUCAUUCUUCAGCGGUUGAAAGAAGCUUUGAAGUGUUUCAUGUUUAUUUAUUCUGUCACUACACUGCAACUCUUUUCCUUAUUUUUAACAAGAAGAACCACAGACUGUGUCCAAGGCCAUAUACAUUGAAUGUGUGAAAAUGGUGACAUUUUAUUUUGGUUUGCAGAAAUUUAGUUUGCCAGCUACUGCUUACGUGCCUUUAUUAUUAUAAAUAUGUUAGAUCGGACAAAAGGUCUUGGAUUUCAUUUGCUUCUGCAAAAUUAAGAAGAAAAGAAGUUUACACUACUUACACUUGUACUGCUGCUUAUAUGGCAGAGAAUGAAUGUCGUAGGGUUUACACAUGAAGUGUUGUAUGGAUUUCUGUUAAACAUUCUCUGCUGUUUAUACAGAGGAGCUUUUUCUUUGUUGGAAGUUUCUAGACCAAAGGGAUCGGAAGAAAGCUUAAUUUCAACAGAUGAGUCCUUUUAAUAAAACACAUUUAUGAAAGUUUAAUCAAUAUUUGAGAAGUAUUUUUGUCUUUGUGGGACAACAGUAGGGCUCUGUGCUUACUGCUAAUGUAGGAACUGGCUCUGAUGUGCAUGUAAUUGAUCCCUGUACAAAUAUAUUGAUAAAUUUGGAUCAUUUUUCAUUUUUUUCCAUCAUCAGUUGUGUCCUCUGUCAGUGUUAAGUUCAAUAAAAUUUCCACCAUUGAA